AUGGCUUCUCAAUCAUAUGUUUUAGGGGUGGGCAUGACCCAGUUCCUCAAGCCACGUCGCACACGGGAAUAUCCAGAACUCGGCUAUGAGGCAGCAGUCAAAGCUCUCAUCGACGCACACAUCACCUACGACGAUGUACAAGCAGCGGUUGCAUGUUAUUGCUAUGGCGAUACAUGCUCUGGUCAACGGAUUAUGUACCAGCUAGGAAUGACCGGUAUCCCAAUUUACAACACCACCAAUGCCUGUGCUACUGGAUCGACGGGCCUUCACCUAGCACGUACUUUGGUCAAAGGAGGCCAGGCCGACUGUGUACUUGUCGUCGGCUUUGAACAGAUGCGCCCGGGAUCCAUCAAGAGUGUAUGGGACGAUCGGCCCAGUCCACUAGGGCCAUCAACCAAAAUGAUGGAGGACACUUUUGGGAAACACCCAAGUCCCCGAAACGCGCAGUACUUUGGUAAUGCCGGACAAGAGUAUAUGGACAAAUAUGGCGCCAAAGCCGAGGAUUUUGCUGAAAUCGCUCGAGUGUCGCAUGAACAUUCGCAGCGGAAUCCAUACGCCCAAUUCCGAACUGCAUACUCCCUGGACCAGAUUAUGGACCCGAAAACACAAAUCCAUGGACCCCUGACCAAAUUGCAGUGCUCCCCAACGAGUGACGGAGCUGCCGCGGCAGUUAUUGUAUCGCAGCGGUUUUUGGAUGCCCGUCCUCACCUCAAAUCCCAAGCUAUCCUCAUGGCCGGUCAACAAAUAUUGACUGAUGGCCCGCAAGUAUAUUCUCGGAGCGCCAUAGACCUUGUCGGGUUCAAUAUGUCGCGUCAAGCCGCCCAACUAGCAAUGAAGGAGGCCGGGGUGGGAGCAAAAGAUAUCAAGGUCUGCGAACUCCACGAUUGCUUUUCCACCAACGAACUUCUGCUCCUCGAUGCACUUGAAUUUUCAGAGCCGGGAAAAGCGCAUGAAAUGGUUCGUCGAGGAGAUAUUACGUAUGGGGGUCGCGGGCUGGUCGUCAAUCCAUCCGGCGGGCUGAUCUCCAAAGGUCAUCCUCUUGGUGCCACAGGGCUGGCUCAGUGCGCGGAGCUUACCUGGCAGCUCCGUGGUUGGGCCAACAAUCGUCUCGUUCCGGGGACCGAUGUCGCUUUGCAGCACAAUCUUGGAUUGGGAGGAGCAGUUGUCGUCACUGUUUAUAAGCGAGCCGAUGGGCAAGUCAGUCGUGCUGUUCCAGAUGAAGACGUGAAGAAGAUUUCCGGUCUUGGGUACAACCCGGCAGUGGAAGCUCGAUACAUCACACCCCAGGAUGGUGAACGCGUCCGUAGCAAGACGAAGCACGAUUACCCGCUACAAGAAACGGUAGCGAAGCUCAAAGCCCGCAUAUGA